AUGCUCUUCUAUCUUACCACAUUGAAUCUUGCUAGAUUCUUAACUAAAGAGGCUCCUUGGAUGCUUGAAGGAGAAGGAGAUGUGCAAGCUUUAACUGCUAUUGAUGCUUGGAAACAUUCUGAUUUCUUGUGUAGGAAUUAUGUUCUUAAUGGCCUUGUUGAUUCACUUUAUAAUGUGUAUUGUGUAACAAAGACAACCAAAGAACUAUGGGACUCAUUGGAUAAAAAGUAUAAAACUGAAGAUGUCGGGACAAAAAAAUUUGUGGUUGCCCGAUUUCUUGACUAUAAAAUGGUGGAUGGAAAAACUGUUAUGUCCCUCGUCCAAGAACUUCAAGUCCUCCUACAUGACAUGCAUGCCGAGGGUAUGUGGUUUAAUGAGUCAUUUUCUGUUGCUUCCAUGAUUGAGAAGCUACCCCCUAGUUGGGACGUUAUUGUUGACCUUCGAAUUGAAGAGGACAAUAGGAUAGCUCAAAAGAGUAGUUAUACCCCUACUUCUGAGAAAGCUAAAGUGGUGGAGCAUGUUCAAACUUCUGUGAAGAACAAAUCUGGAAAGGGAAAAUUCCAAAAGAAAGGAAAGGGUUCAAACUUGGGAACCAAAGCUGGAACUUUUAAGAAAAAGUUUCAAGGAAAUUGCCAUAACAGUGAUCAACGGGGUCAUCGAGCUGCAAAUUACAAGCUUCCAAAGAAGGCUAAGGAGGCAAAUGUUGUGGAGAAGAUAACCAAAGAUGUGUCUGACAUCAAUCUUGCAACGGUUAUUUCUGAAGUUAAUCUUGUGGAGUCCAAUCCAAGGGAGUGGUAG